UGCACUCUUGUCUCUUCCCUCCUGUCCUUUCCUGAUCUCUCUCUCCCUCUCUCGCCUUCCAGCUUUCGGCAGCAAGCGCACGCAGAGAUGGCGACCCCCCUCUCUCUCUCCUCUCCCAACGCGCUCUCUCUCCUCCGCCACGUCAGCAAGAACCCGCCACCUCCCUCCCCGAAACCUCCGCUCGGCGGCGUCCGCAACCGCUCGUCGCUUCUCCCUGGCCGCGCGAGCUCCUUCGCUUACUACAACCCUCUCAGACUUUCGAUCGAGUGCGAGAGGAUGGCUCUGACGAAGAGGAAGAUGAAGAGGAGCGGAGGCGUUGGCGCCGUUUGCUCCGCCGCGCCUCUCACCGUCCGUAAUCUCCAGUGGAUCUCCGCCGUCUCUUCCGCGGUUCUGAUGCUUGCAAAGGGGACUCCUGUUCAGAAGUCCUUUCUUGUUCCAUUGUUUGCUCUACAAGCACCAUCCAGUAUCAUUUCAUGGAUGAAGGGUGAAUAUGGCAUUUGGGCUGCCUUCCUGGCUCUUCUAGUUCGUCUUUUCUUUUACAUUCCAGGUGAACUCGAGUUGCCAUUUAUGGCAUUGGUACUGGUGAUUGUGGCCCCUAAUCAAGUAAUGAACUUGAGGGGAACGCAAGAAGGUGCUAUAAUCGCAGUGUUAAUAGCAGUUUAUCUGGGCUUUCAGCACUUCUCCCGUACCAGCUUGCAAAAGUCAUUCGAGCAAGGUUCAAUUGUCGCCACCGUAGCCAUCAUUUGUAUCGCGGUCGCCUCACUUUUGUUUUUUAUCUGAAUAUCAUGGAAAAGGUUACAGACAGAUAUGUCAUGUGUUGUGCCGUGUAGAUCGUAGAAUAAUCAUCGGUCUAGCUGCUGGGAGCUGUUCGACACUAUCAGGGACAGUAUAGUUGUCUAAGAUAGGUUGAGUAGUAUACAGAAGUAGAUUUUUUUUUCUUUGAAUGUAAUUGACAAGUUAUGAUGUUUCCCAGAGACUUCGGGCUUACUUGUAUCAGGAAUAAAUGCCUUUUCCUCAUAUGGAUUAUAGAAUUCAUCUCUUUUCUUGCAUUUCUGGGCAAUUUUCAUUCUGAGGCUGAGGUGAGAUUGGAAGGUGAGGAUGGAGCUGGUUUACGUUAAGG